GAGGUAAUCAUGUGACAAGUAAUACGGUCCAAUUUCAACGUUGUCUCCAUGAAAGCAAUAUAGUUUAAUGGCAUCGCUGUCCCCAUACGGCCGUAAUCAGCAACAUUGUUGGAAAAAAAAACACUUGUCACGAAAUUUCAUAAUUUUCUCCUCGCCCACAAAAUUACGACCGGUGACUUUUCAAAGACAAGAAGAGAGGAGAUGAAUUACGAAUUUGAGCGAGAGAGCGGUUUUAUCAAUAGUCAGCCGUCGCUUGCUGAGUGCCUGACAUCUUUUACCCCUGUCGGUGAUGCAUUUCAAAGUUCAUCAAUCAAGAACUCGACGCUUUCACAGUCGACACUGAUUCCUCCUCCUUUUGAGCAGACCAUUCCCAGCCUCAACCCGGGCAGCCACCCACGCCACAGCCGGUCAAAGCAGAAUCUGAAUGGAGUCUGUAGCCCUCUGCCAGCCGCAUCCCUACCCCCGGAGUACCCUUGGAUGAAGGAGAAGAAAGCCUCCAAGAAAAACCACCAGACUACUGCCACAGCUACAACUCCCGACACUGCGCCACUUCACUUCUCUCCCCAAGGGUCGCCAGAGAUUGCAGAGAGUGGUGGCGGGGGAUCUCGGAGGCUGAGGACAGCGUACACCAACACCCAGCUAUUGGAGUUGGAGAAGGAGUUUCACUUCAACAAAUAUCUGUGCAGACCCCGGCGGGUGGAAAUAGCUGCUUUACUGAAUUUAACUGAGAGGCAGGUGAAAGUCUGGUUCCAGAACCGCAGGAUGAAGCACAAGAGACAAACCCACUGCAAGGAGAACCAGAACGGCGAGGGGACAUUCACUAGUCUGGAGGACGGGAGAGAGGAGGACUUCGAACAGGCUGGUAACAAUGUAGGCCUACCCGCCGGCGCGCUUCUGGAGAGGGAAACCUGCUCUUUUCACCAGAAUACCUUAACUUCACAACAACAGUCUCAGAAUGCACACAAUCACAAUGGAGAUUCCCAAAGCUCAACUGCUUCGCCUUUAAACAGCGAUGACAAAAAUCUGAAACAUUUUCCUAACCCGGCACCCACUGUUCCUAUAUGCGUGUCAACAAUAGGCCCGGACUGCGCAUCUGGCGGGGACAAUGCGCAUUCCCCGGCCCUGGACGUCUCUUUGCAGGACUUUCACGUUUUCUCAUCGGAUUCCUUCUCUCCAAGUUUGUCAGAUUCUAUAGAUAGUCCAAUGGGUUUAUCAUCUGAAGGUUUCGAUUUUUUCUCAGAAACGCUCACAACAAUCGACCUGCAACACUUGAGCUACUAACUAUUCUAAAAGAGAAAACAACCAUUCAUACAUCUUAGUUUAGGAAGAGCUUCCUGUCUUCCAAGUUCUUACAAAUAACUGGCUUCACUUUAUAUUUAGAUGUAAUUGUUUGAUUGAUUAAUACAUGGCUCCAAUGAGGUAAGUUUGAAAACAAUAAAUUCAUCAGUUGAAUAGUUUUUUUAAUAUUGCCAAUAUUAUGCCUCCAAAUAAUGAUAUACAACAUCUUUUCAUUUUAUUUUUGUAUCAUUUCCCGGUACAAUAAUGUUAUAAAUAGCGUAUUUUCUUAGAAUAAAAUGUUUCUUAUUUACGAGA